GUUGCAUAAUGAAUAGAUCAUUAAGAUGCUCGUUAUUUGUUGGUUUCUUGGGAAUAGCCAUUGUUUCCCCAGUCUUUCCAGUCCCCCACGACUCCAGCUGUGUCUCUCUCCACAUAUUUAGUUUUUACAGGUGCACCUAUGACACAUGGUUUAAAAACAGAACAUUUUGGUUCAAAGAAAGAAUGGCUCUCCGUCCAUCUGUAUUCCCUCAAGAAAGUGAAAAAAGUAAUGGAAAUUGUAUGGAAGCAAAACAAUCCCAAACUGCUUCCGUAGCUUCGGAAGACCCACUUCAGAACUUACACUUAGCAUCUCAGGAAGUGCUUCAUAAGGCCCAGCGGAGUGGGAGGUCACGGUGCCUCCAGUGCGGUGGCUCAAGGAUGUUCUACUGCUAUACCUGCUAUGUCCCCGUGGAAAAUGUGCCCACCGAGCAGAUUCCACUUGUACAACUUCCAUUGAAGAUCGAUAUCAUUAAGCAUCCAAACGAAACAGACGGCAAAAGCACCGCUGUGCACGCAAAGCUCUUGGCGCCCAACUCCGUGAGCAUCUACACAUACCCGUGCAUCCCAGAAUAUGAAGGAAAGGAUCAUGAGGUUGUACUUGUUUUUCCUGGGCCUCAGUCCAUCUCAAUAAAAGAUGUCUCUUUUCAUCUGCAACAAAGGAUGGAAAGUAAAAGUAGAAGCAAAACUGAUGAUCUUGACGCGCCACCUUUUAAACUCAAGAGAACUGAGGUGGAGGGAGGCUCGGGUUUGAAUGAGAGCCUGCACAAGGGUCCAGCAUUGAAAAGAGUGGUCUUUAUUGACAGCACCUGGAGCCAGACAAACCAGAUAACCUCUGAUGAGCGCCUUCGGGAGUUAUUACAAGUUGAACUGAAAACAAGAAAAACUUGCUUUUGGCGCCAUCAAAAAGGGAAACCAGAUACUUUCCUUUCCACAAUUGAAGCCAUUUAUUACUUCCUGGUAGACUACCAUAGUGACAUGCUGAAAGAGAAAUACAAAGGACAGUAUGACAAUCUUUUAUUCUUCUACUCUUUUAUGUACCGCUUGAUAAAGAAUGCCAAGGACUCUGGAGAGAAGACAAAACCAAAGCUCAUCCAUUAGUUCUGCACACUCCGCUUGUCAUGUGGCUGUCUGAUGUUCACAAGCUUGCAGCUGAGCCUGCUUUCUCUGGGGAGUUCAUCAUGCUCAGUGCCUGUGAGAGGACUCGGGGAAAUUUCAGUUUUGUUCCUUUUACCAUAUUUUUUUUUAAAGGAAAAUUUGAAUUUUGGCAAUUUUAAAGAGAUGGUCCUGAUUGAAAGAUGUAGUUCAGAAGCUGUUUGUUCAGUUUGGGCAUAUAUCAGUUGUAUUGUAUAUUUUGCUAUGUUUUGUUACAUUUAUGUGAUUGACAUUAUAUAUGAUCAGAGAUUGUCUUAUCUUCUCACUUA